CAACGUUUCUAACUUAUUUUGACGGGGUUAGACCAGUCAUGAGUUCUCCACAUACUAGGAAACUAUUAUACUUCGCGGGAGUGCUCGGAAAUCAACCGAUGCUUACGAAACACGAGAAUUUCCUGGGUAAUUUGAAAAGUAUGUAACUGAUACCAAAGAACUUGGUCCACUUUAAUUGGAUGUAUGAUGCCAAGCCCACUUAUAUAUAUAUGGAGGCUUCUUACAAUCCGUAUCACAGGGUUCGGUCGAACACCAUGAGGCAUCAUCUGGCUGUGAUCCUGGUUUUGCCACUCGUGGCAUCCGUGCUACUACACGCAGAGGUAAAAGGAGCCAGCACUAGCGAGUCCACGAACAAGCAGACAGCCGAGUCAAAGAAUUCAAAAUUUAAUUUUGGUUACAAUAGCAAUGGCGUAAAUCCUGGAAGCGUUGUGUACACAUUAGGUGGUUACUACCCAGGAGGUAGUGGAUACUACCCUGCAGGUGCAAACGGCGGAUACCCUGGAUACCCUGGAGCAGCUGGAGAAAAUCCUGUGUAUCCAGAGACAAGACCGAAUCCUUGCGGCGAUGAAGAUGAAGGUCCAGUGUCAGGUGCAGAUGGAGGCAAGAUUCCUGGCGGAGUUCCAGUCGACAAUGAGGUGGAGGUUUUCAAUGUGCCACAGUCAAACCAAGGAGGUUACCCUGGCAGAGGAGAAUAUCCCAACGGAGGAUAUCCCAGUGGAGGGUAUCCUGGAUAUUACCCUGGUGUCUACACAGGAUAGGCAACGCAGACACAACGGAAAGAUACUCAGAAGAUUCUCUCUGAAA